AUGCCCACUGUCACGCUUGCGUCUGGAACCCACAUCCCCGCAAUGUUUUAUGCGGGGGGAAUUCCAACACUACCUCAUGUGAUGCGCCACGACGUGGUGCGACUUCAGAAACUGAAUGACCGCUUGAAAAGAAGCACUACCUCACCAAAGGCACAUCCUGAAAAGCUUGAAUAUGCCUUGUUUGUUGAGGAGAAGAAUUUAACCUUAUGCUUAGAGAGGAACAGGGGUCUGUUAGGGAGGCAGUAUACUUUGACCUACGACAUAGACAGUGAGACCCAGGUGACUGAGUCUCCAGAUUACCAGGACCAUUGUUAUUAUCAUGGACACAUCCGAGAUAUGAAGGACUCUGGAAUCAGCGUCAGUCUGUGCUCUGGAAUGCGAGGGAUUCUCAGGGCAGAGAAGAAAGUCUAUCUUAUUGAGCCUCUGGAGGGCUCUCUGGACGGGGACCACGCCAUUUACCAACCAGAACAUUUAAGGAGAAAGAGGACAGUGUCUGGUUACGGCAACGACAUAGUCUAUGACUUCAACCCCAAACUCGCUGCUCUGCUCAAACCCAGCACGAAAUAUCAGAUAGCGCCAGGAGCCCAGCGAGUCGUGGAGAUGGUUAUGGUGGUCGACAAGAAAGAGCAUCAGAGGCUUGGCAGUGUUAGGAAUGUGGAGACAAGAAUGCUCGAAAUUGCAAACCAUGUGGACAAGCUCUAUCGUCCUUUGAACUUUCGUGUUAUGCUGGUGGGUCUGGAGGUCUGGUCUCAGGGUGACCGCGUCCUCGUCAACUCUCAGCCCAACAUAACACUGGACAGAUUUCUGGACUGGCGUCAGAAUAACCUGCUCAAGAGGAAGAAACAUGACAAUGCCCAGUUUGUUACUGAUGUGGAUUUUGAGGGGUCUACUGUUGGCUUAGCCUCUAUGAAUUCAAUGUGUUCUGCCAGGUCUGGUGCAGUGAAUCAGGACCAUAAUCGAAAUCCUGUUGUUGUGGCUGUAACCAUUGCCCAUGAAAUGGGACACAACCUGGGCAUGUCACAUGACUCUGAGGACUGUGUCUGUCCGACGGCUCAGAGAAGCUGUGUCAUGGGAGAGAGCAUCAGCUUUGUCCACCCUGAGGCCUUCAGUAGCUGCAGUCAGAAAGCCUUAAAGAACUUUCUGGAAGAGUACAACGCUGUCUGUCUCCUGGACGUGCCCAGCACUGAUGAGCUUUAUGGGGGUCCAGUGUGUGGCAAUGCGUUUGUGGAGAAGGGAGAAGAGUGUGACUGUGGAACUGUGGAGGAAUGUACAAACCCCUGCUGUAAUGCGACCAGCUGUCGAUUGACUGAGGGCUCCCAGUGUGCACAUGGAGAGUGCUGUCAUGAGUGUCAGCUGAAGCAAACGGGGAGCCUGUGUCGAAAAAACGCCCAUGACUGUGAUUUGGCGGAGUUCUGCACCGGGGGCUCAGCACACUGUCCCCCUGACUCCUACAAGAUGAACGGACUGCCCUGCAAAUCCAACCAGGGCUACUGCUACAACGGCCAGUGUCCCACACACAAGGAACACUGCAGGACACUGUGGGGACCAGAUGCUGAGGUUGCCGAUGAAGCUUGUUUUGAUCAGAUAAACUGUGUGACACGUCAUUAUGCCAAGUGUGCUCCGCAGAAAUGUGGGAAAAUAUUUUGCUCUGGGGGGACUGAAUUUCCCAUCACCAGGGAGAAGAUAGUGCGUACCAUCACGCCGGGAGGUAAGACCUGUAACGUUGCCGUGGACUCCUCAGGGACAGGAGACCUGGGAAUGGUUCCUACAGGCACCAAAUGCGGCACAAACCAGGUGUGUUACAACAGCAUUUGCCAGGACCUUCAAAUUUAUGGAACCCAGAACUGCUCGGCAAAGUGUCACAGUCACGGGGUGUGCAAUCACAAGAGGCAGUGUCACUGUGAUCCAGGCUGGGCCCCCCCUCACUGCAGCGUAAGACUGUCUGACUCUCCCUCAGGUCAGAAUGCUGUGAUUGUUGGUGUAACAGUAGCCAUGUCCAUUCUGAUAUUACUUGUCCUUGUCAUCGGAGGGACAGUGUACUGCAGGAAGCGCAGGGGGACAUUACCUGCCAAAAGUUUUCAGGAGGUGCACUCCACUUCUGGUCAAUCCAAUCCAGCAUUUCAGUCAGGCAGCACAGUGGGCAGCCCUAGAUGCAGACCUGUAUCCAUCAGUAAACCCACGUUAGUGGAGUCAUCUGCCACCCAGGCCUGUCACUCUCUGAUAGUCGUGGCCGCUCCCAGCCGACCUGCACCACCUACUGUCAAGCCUUCCAUGUCUCCUCUGGCUACUGGGGGUAGAGUUCAUCAUCUGAAUCAGACUAAAUCUCUGAUUCAGCCCAGCAAACUACUUCCUCCCUCUCGACCUUUGCCACCAUUAACAUCCAAACCAGGACACAAGCCGCCAGUUCCUCCUCUGCCUCCAGCCAAGCCCAGAGGGCUUCAGUCAGCAUGGCCUCCAGUACGUCUGCCUCAGAGCAGCGUCAGGACAGAGGCCUGCACUGAAACCCCCUACACAGUCCAGAUAAUAGAGCCUGGGCCUCCUGAAUCACCGAGAGCCCAAAUCACUGAGAGCCUGAAUCACCGAGAGCCCGAAUCACUGAAAGCCCGAAUCACCGAGAGCCCGAAUCACUGA